CUUAAGCGUACCGACCAUUGAAACGUUUUUCUUCAGAUCAUCCCGAUGCCAAAACGAGUCGCACACUCACGUUGUUAGCCAAAAGCUUAAUGACACUGGCCAAUUUAGUGGACACCAACAUUACAGAAGCGUGGACGGUAUAUUUGGAUAACUUUAUCCAGAAAAAUGCACGUGGAUUCAUGGAUUUCAUCAAUUUUAUUUCGACCAAUGAAAACAAGCACAACGAAACAAGCUGCGUUUCAACCGGUUUGACCUCUCUAUGGCAACCUGUUUUGGCCUUGGUCCCUGAACAAUUGAAUCACAUCAUUAACACCGUGGAAGAUAUCCCUAUCCCACCCUACAAUAUUGAUCUGCCGCUGGAAUUGGCCCGGUUUGUCAAAAACAUGGCUCGACGGCAUUCUGAUCCCUCCAUAUCUUUGUCUACUUCGUCCUCUUCAACCUCACUCUCUUCCGCCAUGUCGCUCUCCUUAUCCACCGUACAAUCACUGUCACGCAUUUGCCAGCAGUUGGCCGCGCAGCAAAGCAUCAGCGUCUUAUCUAAUCAAUCAACGUCGCGGUCAAAACACCUUUCAGGUGUGAUUGUCUGAUGAGGCUUUAAAACAAUGAAUAAAAAAAAAUACAU